AGAACUUCUAAAAAGGAAAAUGAUUGGUAAUUCUACUUAUAAUGAUCUAAAACCACGUGGGUCACGUCUGCCUCAUAUGUAUGGUUUACCAAAAGUUCACAAGCACGACGUUCCCCUUAGACCUAUCCUAUCAAUGAUAAACUCACCGUAUCACAAAGUUGCACGCUGGCUAGCAGAAAAACUAGAACCGGUUCGUCGAAGAUUAGCAACAUAUACGUUGAAAGAUUCAUUCCAGUUUGCUGAUAGACUAAAUCGUACGAAUGUUGCCGAUAAGUUCAUGGUUUCUUUUGAUGUAACAUCCUUGUUCACCAAUAUACCACUUCUUGAAACUAUUGAUAUAAUUUGUCAGAAUUAUGAUCUCCUACCUUUACCAGCCCCGGAAUUCAAAAAACUACUAUUAAUGUGCACAACAGACGUUCAAUUCCAGUUUAAUAACACCAUAUAUCGUCAGAUCGACGGCGUAGCAAUGGGAAGCCCACUAGGUCCAAUUCUGGCAGAUAUUUUUAUGGGGUAUCUUGAAAACAUGGUGCUUAAACAGACGAUCAGCGAAACGACGGAAUAUUCCAGAUAUGUUGAUGACACGUUUAUUGUCUGUAACAAUAAACAGCAUGCAAUCCACAUGCUAAAACACUUCAAUAACGCUCAUCCUAACAUACAAUUUACUAUGGAACACGAACAGAAUGACAUGUUCCACUUUCUUGAUGUUGCUAUAAAACGUAGGAGAGACGGGACAGUUCAACGUUCGAUUUAUCGAAAAAGUACUUGGAAUGGCAUUUACCUGAAUUUCAAUAGCUUUUGUCCACUCAGUUACAAGAAGGCAUUAGUUAAAACACUAUUUUAUAGGGCAGAAAAGAUAUGUACCACUGACAAACUCGAAGAAGAAUUGAUGAAAGUGGAAAAAUGCCUGCGAGACAACUUUUACCCACAAAAGUUUAUUGACAAGUAUAAGAAGCGUAAACAAAACAAUACUGAAGUAAUUACUGUCAAUAAAAAACCAAUAACUAUAAGUCUUAAUUUCAAAGGUGACGAGGUUACAAACACAAUCAACAGGAGACUGAAUACUGCGCUAGCCAGAACUUAUCCGGCGGCCAAACUUCAAAUUCUGUAUAAAACAACAUGCUCAAUAACUCAAUCAAAAGUUGAUAAGCAUCCUUUUCAUGUUACCGCCAAUUGUAUUUAUAAAUUUACGUGUACCUGCCAAAGCAGCUACAUUGGCCGAACAGAAAGGAGGGCAUAUCUCAGAUUUUUUGAACAUGUCCCAAAAAGCCUCAGAACAAGAGAAAGAAAGACUCUAAAUAGUGCAAUCACUAAACAUCUUCUUGAUACAGGACAUCAGGUCGAUACCCUACAAUCAUUCAAGGUGAUUAGUAAGCAGCCAAACUCCAGUCUUCUGAAGUUUGCUGAAGCAGUUGCUAUCAGGCGCCAAAAGCCUGAUUUAUGUGUUCAAAAGGAGAUGGUUAUUAAUCUUUCCUUGCCUUGGUGAUUAAUAUUCCCUCGUUAUAUCUUAUUUAUUUUUUUUUUUUU